UGAGAGCAACACAAGUCUGAUGUUCAAUAGUACAGUUUGCCCAUCUACCCUGCAGUUCUAUAUCACAUCUGAAGAAUUCAGUUAAUAAUAACAACAAUAAAUACCAAUACUCAAGUCUCAGUUACUGCAGAAACUAUAGGCAUGUACACAAUGGCAGAAACGUGCACUAUCAACCCAACUCCAUUUAGCGGGUUUGGACAGGAAGUGAAGGCCUUCGACUUGAACCUAUCAGGUGACUUCAUCAACUUUGAUUUCAUCACCCAAGCUCAAAUCGAUGGCUUCUUCGACACAGCCCCGACAGACACACAAGGGGGUCUCCUCCAACCGGUCGAGUCGAUGGAGGGGUCAUUCAACGAGAUGUUGCCUGCCCAGUCACCCAUUAAGAUUGAGGAGUUGGGGUCAGUGAAUGUUGCACCCCUUCAUCAUCAGAGCCAGUAUGAUGCUGAUAUGGAUCAGGUGCAACAGUUGAUUGUACGAGAAGUCAUGGGUGAUAUCGUCACAGCCUGCGAGCUCAUCAACAUCCCAACAGAUCCUUGCAGAUGGAACUCAGAACAAGUUAAGAAGUGGGUGGAGUGGACGAGACAUCAAUAUCGCCUACCUGAGAUUGAAGUUGGCUUCUUCGCAAUGGAUGGCUUGAGCUUGUGCAAUCUUACAGACGAGCAGUUCCGUCAACUCUCACCCAAGUCCGGCGAUAUCUUGUAUGCUCAUCUCGACAUCUGGAAGAAUGCUGCUGGCCGAAUGAAUGUAGCUGAUAACAUCUUGUCCCCACAUCUUCCAGCCUCUCAAGUGUUUGUUGGCAAUGAACAGUGUAGUUAUAUGGAUCUCAGUUCAUUGGGCGGGUAUGAGACAUCAAGCUCCAUGUCAAACAGUGAUGAUGAGGCAUCUAUCCCUUCUCCUGGUCCAACAUCAGGCCCCAACACUUUCAUGACCCCUAACCACACCGGCGGAAUUCACUUGUGGCAGUUCUUGAAGGAUUUACUUGUGCAGCCUGAUUCCUACGGCUACUGCAUCAGGUGGUUGGACAGACCCCAAGGUAUUUUCAAGAUUGAAGAUUCAGUCGAAGUUGCCCGCCUUUGGGGGCUCCGUAAGAACCGACCAGCAAUGAACUACGACAAAUUGAGUCGCUCUAUUAGGCAGUACUACAAGAAAGGUAUCAUGAAGAAAACAGAAAUCGCACAACGACUAGUUUACCAGUUUGUCCACCCAUGUUAGAAUUUAAACCCAAGUUGGAAUCACUUCACGAGCUGACACUUUUGCCUUACACCUUACAUAAUUUAUAAGCUAUUUAUUUUUCAAAAUUUAAAUUAUCUUUUUAUAUCAAAAUAACGACCAGUUAGCUGAACAAUUUACUAUACAUGUACACCGCACUAUCCAUGUUACAGAAAUUAACACUUAACAGUAUAUGGACAAAGUGUGCUUGGUAUGAUAAUAAAAUCUUUUGGAAAACUUUUUUCUACGUGUAUAUAAAAUAAGAAAAUAAUUUAUUUAAAAAGGCCAUCAGCGAAGCUAUGAAGCAUUCUUAAAAACCAAAAACUGGAAACAAGUGUUUCGCCAUAUUGCAACAGUAAGUUGCGUCAUCGGUGUAUGUUCUAUGAACACCAUACUGCAACACUAAGUUGCUUUAAAUGUCUCUUACGGUACUGCCAAAUAGUGUCUCCUAGGUUUGAGAUCGUUUUGUUAUGAAACUAAUUAAUAAUUUUGCAAUGUUUUCCAUUGCUUGACAUCUUGAUUGUUGGAGUGUUUAGAAUCAGUAGGUUGUCACUUACAGAGCAAUUUGUAUAAAAAGACAAGAUGGUAUUACAGCAAACACAGACCACUUAGAUUUUUCUUAAGUAUAUUGUAAUUACCUGCAAUAGUGAUGCGGAAGUUUGUGGGUUCGAAUCCCAUCUAAGUAACCUAUAUUUUGUUAACGUUUGCGGUAACAAGAACUACGUAUUACUAUUAUUAUUGACUAUCUUGUAGACGAUGUGACCUGUGACAUCACAUAGUAACAAAAGAGCCACAGAGCC